UAACGAUCUGAAAAAAACCGGCACAAGAGUAGGCAGCCUGUGCCUGGGACUGUUGCACGGAGCUUGGGGGUGGAGUCCAAGAAUUGAGCAGGAGCUUUCUAAAGAAAUAUUAGGGCAUGAUGUAGCUGGGCAGGCGGCAGGAGAGGCACAAAACAUAUCCUGCCUGCAUCUGGACAUUAGGAGAACAAAAUGUCUGGAAGAUUGUGGUGCAAAGCCACUUUUGCUGGCUACAAGCGAGGCCUUCGUAACCAGAGGGAGCGCACAGCUCUUCUUAAAGUUGAAGGAGUCUAUGCUCGAGAUGAAACCGAAUUCUAUUUGGGAAAAAGAUGUGCCUACGUGUACAAAGCAAAAAAUAACACAGUGACUCCUGGUGGAAAGCCCAACAGAACUCGUGUGAUCUGGGGAAAGGUGACCAGAGCUCAUGGAAACAGUGGAAUGGUCCGUGCUAAGUUCCGCUCUAACCUCCCAGCUAAAGCCAUUGGGCACAGAAUCCGUGUGAUGCUUUACCCAUCAAGGAUCUAAAUGUUAA